AUGGAAUUGUCCAACGUAAUAUCCUUGUUGGAGGAAGGAUCCUUCGCCUAUUCGCUACAUUCGAUACCAAAAGCUAAACAAAAUUGCCUUGAGAGCAUUAAAGUAUUGAAUACUAUUAGUAAACUCACUGGCGCUAAUGAUGUUAGUAAUGUCCUUUCUAAAUAUCUGAUGACGCUCUACGAUGCAAUAAAUGCCAAAAAUGACUUCUAUUCGUACAAUGAAAAAUUCAAAUGGUUGUCUUCCAAAAUAAAUGGGAACUUCUUCCCUCCGGUGGUGUCGUUUGGCCCGGGUGUCAGUAGUCAUAAUAUGAACUUUAUCCCAAGUAAUCGAGUAGACAAAGUUCAGUUAGACCUCCCACCAAAAUUCGUGAACGAGUUUGAGUUUCAAAUUUGCUCUCCAUUACAUGUGAUUGACAACUCUCCUGAGGGUGAUGUGGAAUUGGAGAACUUAUACCAAGACCUUUUGACUAAUUGCUCUUUUGUCUGUGCAAUGUUGUCGUUAGUGUUUGUGAAUCCUGAAUUGAUCAAGUCAAGAUUGAUCUGCAAUGAGAGUAACUCAAUUGCUAAGCUACAUGUCAAUGGAUGUGAUAGGUUAAUAGUCAUAAAUAAUGAGCUUCCAAUAAUUAAAGAGGGUUCAAGUUUGGGUAGCAACCGCAGCUUGGUGAUUAGAUCUUCUCGUCCGAAUUCUAAGUUGUGGAGACCAGCCUUGCUUGAGAAAGCGUAUUUAACAUUGAUGGGCCAAGGAUAUAAUUUCAAGGGAUCUAACAUGGCCCUAGAUGUAUAUAUGCUAGUUGGGUGGGUUCCCGAAGUCAUAAGGAUCCAAAAUGGUCAGUUACCUUCAGCCAUCUCAAGAAUUUUAGAUGAUAACUCUAAAGAUAUUGUAAUGGGGCUCGGGGUAGGAUCAAUCAGUGAAUCUUUCUCCAAGAGUGUUGGACUUAUUUCGGAACAUGAUUAUUCUAUUAUAGGCACUAGAAUAAACUCUGGUUUGAGAGAGUUCAAUAUCAGGAAUCCUUGGAAUAAGAACGCUUCUUCUGAUUCUGCCUGGUGGAUAGAUGAAAACCAACUUCAGCAUUUCAACUACUUGUACAUUAACUACAAUUCGGAAAAUUUAUUCAAGUUCAAAGAGGAGAUAAAUCUAGUUAAAUUACCCAAGAAUACGUUGUGGAAUAGUCUUUACGAUAAACCGCAAGUUGGAAUUACAUUUAGCUCAGAAGAUCUGACAUCGAAGUCGGUAAGCGUAUGGCUUCUUUUGGAAAGACACUUACCAUCCAAGUUACUGACUGCAGAAGAAAAAGACGACAGUGUUGUCAUUAACUUGCUGGUUUAUAAAUCAGGAACCGGGGAAAAGCUAUUAACCACUACUCAAUACCCAUAUGUUUAUAAGCCAUCGGUUGGAACAAAUAAUAGGACAUUUCUUGCAAAAUUAGAUAACUUGGAAAUAAAUCUGUCUGCUGAUUCAUACACUAUAGUAAUUGACUCAACUGCAGCAUCGAAUUUCACUCUAAAAGCAUUCAGUAACUCUGCAUUUAGCUUUUACAAGUCCAAACCAAAAUAUAAAAAAAUACUCCCUAUAAUUGAAGAUGAAUGGAGUUUGAAUAUCACGGGUGGUAAUCUAACUAAGUCUACAUUCAUUUACAAUCCUCAAUAUAAUUUAGAGGUCAGCGAAGAGUCUAACAUUUCGAUUGGUGUAUUUGGAGAGCUGGCAAAUUAUUAUUAUAAUUUUCAUGUCUUCUCCUGUAAUGACUUGCACGCUCCGUUAGUGGAGAUACUUCUGCCACUGAAUCUAAUUAGACAAGAGAACUAUAAAAUGGGUGCAGUGUUGAUGAACUUUGAUGAUAUUAAGCCUGGAAAUUACAGAAUUGUAUUCUCAACCUACGAAGUCCUCGAAAGUAAUAAACCUUUAAAUUUUAAAAUUUAUGUGAAUACGGACGCCGAAAGCGACAGUAUUAGACUUUCCAAGUACCAUGUAACCCUAUCGUUAUUCCUUGCUAGGAAGCAGUUGAUUCCUUGGCACAACAGCAACCGGAUUAAGGUAAAUUUCAGAACAACAUCUACGAAUUCCAAAGUCAAAUUUCACAUCCAAUAUACCAAUGCUACUGAUUUUACUGGAAGCACUGCGUCUAACGGAAGGUUUCAGAAUGAUAUUAGUGACUAUAGACCGGCACUCCGAGCUUCCAUAUUCUCGCUGGUAACUCACGAAUCAGUAUUGGUCAAUGAAAAUUGGAGCAAUUCUUUAUAUGGCAUAUUUGUAGAAGUUAACUUAGCCGGCAUUCUGGAGUACAUUUUGUUAAUCGAGAGGUUUGAAUCAGGCAUUGGCGGGUGUGUGAUAGAUUGUGGAUCGAGCAGGAAGAUAGAGUAUAUAUAG